AUGGGCUUUGGCAGGAUGAGGCGAGGGCCGAGGGGCCUGAGGGGCAGGGACAGGCCGGCCGCCCCGCAGUGCCUGCAGACCCAGUGCUUCGACCCGCUGGUUCGCAAAUGUGUGGCCUGCAGUCUCCUCCGGACGACAGAGCCUAGACCGGCCUCGCCUCCCUCCGACCCUCCCCCUCCCCUCUCGUCUCUCCGCUCUGCCUGCCCGUCCCCUCCAGCAGGCGGCCCGAGCAGCCUGGCGCCCGGGACGGCGCUGCAGCCGCAGGAGUCGGUGGGGCCGGGGGCCGCCGCCGAGGCCGAGGCCGCGCUGCCUCUGCCGGCGCUGCUCUUCGGCGCCCCCGCGCUGCUGGGCCUGGCGCUGGCCCUGGUCCUGCUGGGCCUGGUGGGCUGGAGGCGCCAACGGCGGCGGCCCGGCGCGGCGCCUGCCCCGGAGGCCCUGGAGGCCCGGGACGGAGACCAGGAUGAGCCCCUGGACAGUGACAACAUCCUCUCCCCGGGAACCCUGGAUGCCACAGCUCCCAUCUGGCUUCCGCCCAGUGAAGACCCAGCUACCACCCCACCUGCCCACAGCGUCCCUGUGCCGGCCACAGAGCUGGGUUCCACUGAGCUGGUGACCACUAAGACGGCCGGCCCCGAGCAACCGUAG